AUGGAGUACGGUUUCAAAGCGCCUCCCGAGCCAAAGCAUGUCGACCGCAAGCUGCUCUACACAAGCUUGGAAGAGCGAAUCAAGUACCUGCAUGCCUUCCUCGACUUUAACUCCAGCGACGUCGAAGCGCUGGUCAGCGGCACAAAAUACAUCAAGCAAUUGAUCCCAGCAGUAGUCAACCUGGUAUAUAAGAAACUUCUCGAGUGCGACAUCACAUCACGCGCCUUCCACACCCGAAACACAGUUGACGAGACCGAGCCCGAAGAAGACUAUCUCGACGAAGACGCGCCCCAAAUCAAGCGGCGCAAAAUGUUCCUUCGGUGGUACCUCACACGCCUCUGCCAAGAUCCAACGACAAUGGAUUUCUGGCGAUACCUGAACAAGGUCGGCAUGAUGCACAGCGGUCAAGUCCGCCGAUCUCCCUUGAACAUCGAAUACAUCCACCUCGGCGCCUGCAUGGGCUACAUCCAAGACAUCUGGAUCGAGGCGAUGAUGUCGCACCCGCACCUCUCGCUCCGUCGCAAGAUCGCCCUCGUGCGCGCCGUGAACAAGAUCCUCUGGAUCCAAAAUGAUCUCUUUGCUCGCUACCACUGUAGCGAUGGGGAGGAGUUUGCGGAUGAAAUGUCUGUGAUGAGUUUCGAUGAUCAGGAGGGAUACCUCGGUGACAAACGCAUUCUUGGCAGUAGCUCCAAUAGCUCUGUUGACGAUGACCGGUCUAGUAUCUCUAGUGGGGUGGCGCCUUCCACUCAUAGUGUGGCCCCCUCUACGAAGACUAGUACCUCGGUGGCGGCGUCUGCUUCCAAGACUUCGGUGUGUCCUUUUGCGGAUAUGGCCAAGCCGUCGUCGACUGAGACAAAGAUUUGGGCGAAUUGA